AUGAUUGGUAAUGGUACCAAUUUCAUUGGUACUAUGAAUAAUCCGCUUGAUCUUAACAUACCAAAGAAAAGAAAGAGGGAUGUCAAUAGACAAAGACUAUCAGCACAUAAGGUUUCAUUAUUUCAAUAUUCAAAUGUAAAGGCUAUUAGUUGCACCGACGGUAAUAAAAAUACAAGUCCAUUAUUAUCAAAUGGACCGUUAGAGUUAUAUCAAAUUGUUACACCAGCACCGAAUAACUAUGAUAAAAGUCAAGAGAUGAACUAUUUAUCACUGGGGAGAAACGGAAAUAUUGUGCAUCCAAUUUUACCAAGGUUACAAGUUAAAAAAUUGAAAACUAAUGGAGUUAGGUUUUUAAUUACGUUUUAUAAUCCAGAGAGGUAUUGGGAAUUAGAAUUCCUCCCGAACAAUGAUGAUAAAGAUUUAUGGGCAAUCGUUGAUGAUUUUGAAAAAAUAAUUUCCAAAAUUUGUGUUUAUAAAAGUGUGGAAGAGAUACGAGGGGAGAAUGUAAAUGAAAAUGAAGAAAAGGAGGAUGACGAUGAGGAUGACGAUGAGGAUGAAUUAGAUUAUUUGUUAAAUGAAUCGGAACAAGCACAGGAUUCGAACCCAAGACUAGAAGUGAUACGACGUGAAGAAACUCGAGCAUCCCGUGAGACCUCCACGGAUGAAUUCAUCAACCAGGCAUUUAAAAGGGCGAUUCGUGCACUAAGCAAUCCAAGAGAUGCUACCACGAAUCGGCCGAGGAGGCAUAGUACAUUUAUUGCCCGUCGACCGCAUCAGCAGCAACCACAACAAAAUGACGUCAUGAGCAAAAGAUUUUCAUACCAAGGUUUACCACUUCGCAUAGCAUCGGACCCAACAAAUUAA